GAGCGGCCGCCGGUGGCCGCAGCCGCCACUGCCUCGGUAUAUUAUACCGGCGCAAGCCAUAAGACCGCCGCCACUGUCGCUGACGCGUUUUCCGAAUGCAACACCCGCGCCGUCGUAGUUGUACCACACGCGCUAGCACCAUACACCGUAUCACACCGUCAUCGGAUAUAUCGUACAGCGCGCGUGCGAGUAUCAUUUAUCGAGUACCUAUACAGUCGUCGGUCCGUUGUCUCCGCCGCGUACCAUUUGCGACAGUGCGCGUAAAACAGCAAACAAAUAAUAAUAAUACAUUUUAACUCAAACAAGUUAUCCUCAUUACAAUUUUACAUCGUCCUGCCGAUCGGAUUGAAAGAUUUCCACGCGAUCGCCGCCUAUCUACAUGACGACCUUGGCCAACCGUCGGCUGUGCCCUCCUAGAGGGACGUCUGCCGUUGGUGGUUCAUUCGACUGUUGGUCAGAUGCCAACGGCACGCGAUCAAAAACUGAGAGCGUCUAGUGAUUUUUCGUUAUUCGUCCUCGUCGCGGUUCUAAAUAAUAUUUCCUUUACUUUUUUACGAACGCAGAAAAUCAAAAAUCGAUCACAAUUCUGUCAUCGAUACCGUUUAGGCCGGGGUUAAGGCUGAACAUGCUCAACAACAUCAGUAUAAUUGGCCCGAAUAAUGUCGGCGGCCAUAAGGACUUCGAUAGUCUCAAACAUCGAUCGCUACACCAGUUGCAGACCGGUGGUAGCGGAGGAGGUAUACACGACGUCGGGGGUAGUCACGGACUCGGCGGCACAGGUAACGGUCACCUGCAGCAAGGCAACGGCCCGUCACCUUCGCAUCAGCUGUCCACCGGCGCCGGAGGUGGCGGCGGUGGACCGUUCCGGUUGUCGUGCGGCGGUUUUGACCUGUCAACUGCGGCCGGUCACGGACUGGCAGCUGCUGCCGCUGUGGCCGCCGCUGGUGGUGGUGGUGGUGGUGGUGGUGGUGGCGUCGGGCUCAACGGUGACGACGCCGGAAAGCCAAACAAGCAGAAGAGACAUCGGACCCGGUUCACGCCGGCGCAACUCAACGAGCUGGAGCGGUGUUUCAGCAAGACCCACUAUCCGGACAUUUUCAUGCGAGAGGAGAUCGCCAUGCGGAUUGGUCUCACCGAGUCCCGAGUACAGGUUUGGUUCCAAAACCGAAGAGCAAAAUGGAAAAAACGCAAGAAAUCAACAAACGUGUUCAGGAGCCCUGGUGCCCUGUUGCCGUCCCACGGACUACCACCGUUUGGGUCUAUGUCCGACAGUUUGUGUCCCACGUCAAUGUUCAGCUCUCCAGACACCAGAUGGGGUGUGACUAGCAUGGCCACGGGACUCAGUCAACUGACCGGCGGUACAGUUACCAUGAGCGGAUACAACCAUCAGAACUCGUCACUCAGCUCCGUGCCGAUCACGACGAUGGCUACCAAUGCUCAGAAUAUGUAUCAAGCGCACUAUGGUCUCAAUUCACUAGGUGAUUCAAACAAAUGGCGAUUUUCCAAAGAUCAAUUCAAACCCUAUCCAGCAGACUCCCAGUUGUUUUAAGAAUCAAUGUGAUGUGCAUCGUUGUGUUUUAUACCGUGUUUACACACAAGACAGCAGCACGAACAACUCUGUACAAAUGCAGACGAGGCGGAGCUGAUUAACUGAACAAUUUUUUUCUUCCAAAUUAUUAUUAUUAUUAAUAUUAAUUAGUGUUUGGUGAUGCGUUUUUAAGAUUAAGAAUAUUUUUUAAACUAUUCAUUAAAUAUAAUUAUUGUAAAUCUA